GAGGCUGGAGUAUCCUUAAUCCUUGGGGAUGGACCAGCAUGUGAAUGGAGCCAUGGCUGAGAAGUCAAACACUCUGGACUAUGGGGUUCAGAUCCGAUUCAUAGAUGACCUGAAGGAAACGAAGAAGGCCCAAAAGGCCAGGUCUAAGCAUUCCAAGACCAGCUCCUAUGGGGUUGCAGUAAGGGUCCAGGGCAUUGAUGGCCAGCCCUUUGUGGUCCUCAACAGCGGGGAGAAAGGAGAGGACUCCUUUGGGGUGCAGAUCAAAAGCGAGACUAAAUACGGGAACCCUGCUCGUGGCCAGUGGCCUGAGAAGUUGCCUCCUAAUUCCCUCAGGGAAGGCCCGGGCUCCAUCAGCUCUGAUUCUGACCUGGUGGAAAGCCGGUAUGCGUCCAGACAGUCUCAGUAUAACUCCCAGUACAGCACCUCUGACGAGGAGCAGAGCUCCAAGCGCUGCCCAAGGGAGCAGACGCCUGUCAGUGGAGAGGCAGCUCGGUCCUCCCGCAGUGAUGGCAUCUCAUCCCCUCAGAGCAGCUACAGGCCAUUGCCAGCCCUGAGGCAUUUUGGGGAGGAGCUGAGGAGGACUCAGUCUCACAGCUCUCUCUUAAGCCCCAAUGCAGAGGAGGUCUAUGGCCCAAGCCCUCUCAGCAAGCAGACUGGGGGUGCCUACCGAUCGCAGUCUUCAGCCAUCAUCAAGAGCAGCAGCACACUAGACGUUACAGGCAGAAAAAACACAGACCACAGCCAGGAAUCCCGUGCACCUUCCGGAAGAAGGUUUGAAGGCAGGCUGCCAUCACCAGACCCAGAGUCCUCUGAUCAGCCUGCCAACGAGGCCCAAAGUGACAUAGACACAAAGCCCCUGUCCUCAGUGGAUUCUCUGAUCCCAGCCCCCAGGAGAAGCCGGAUCUCCCUGGAGGAGAGGAAACGGUCACAGAGUCUUGAUGGGAGGGUGUCUUACCACGACACAGCUGAUUCCAGAGAACUGAGCUCUGCCCAGCGCCAGGAUCGCUCCAGGGAAAGGCCAAAGGGUCUGGCUGCCAAACAGCCUGGCAUGGCCAAUGCUUCUUACACCAACAGCCUGAAUCGAGUGCGCCAAGAGGAUCUGAAGGAAAACUCAGUCAACAAAGCCCCGCUGACACGAGACUGGAUCGACGAAAGCUUGAAGGAGCCUCUUGUUGAGCAGCGGCAAAGUAAAGUGCGCUCAGAAUUGCAGCUUAAGUCCACUCCAGACCUUCUGAAAGACCAGCAGGAAGUUUCUCCGCCUGGGAGCAGCGAGUCCACCAAAGAGCUUAUCUACAGUAUCCUGAAGGAUGGGAGUAAAGAAAGCGAAAGCUCACUGAAGAGAAAAACCAACCUGAUGUUUGAGAAGAUCCAAGCACUUGCUGCUGUGCCUCCUGAGGAUGCAAGGGCAUCAGUUUCCCAGAACAGUGAGCUGAAGAGGAAGAUGGAGGAGCUGCAGCAGAAACUAGAUGAAGAGACAAAGCUUCGCCACAAAGCAGAGCAGGCAAGGGAGGCUCCCAGGAGCGGUGCCGCUCGGAACCUGGAGAGCCGGCUGGAGGAGGCGCAGAACGAGUGCCGGCUCCUCAAGGCAGCGUUGGAGAAGAAGAUCCAGGAGCUGCAAAGCCGCUUGCAAGAGCUGACAGAAGUGAAAGCUGCCAGGGAUCAGGCAGAGGACAAACUGGGAGACGUGGAAGAGCAACUCAUGGGGAUGCAUGAGGAGCUGGACAGGCUGCGGAAGGCCUCAGGGGAUUCUGCUGACAGAGACGAGCUGCUGAAGGAGCUGCUGGAAACCAGAGAGGAGCUGGAGGAGGUCCUGAGUGCUAAACAGAAGCAAGAAGAACAUCUGCGCCUGCGGGAGAGGGAGCUGACGGCACUGAAAGGAGCCCUGAAGGAGGAGGUGGCGAAUCAUGACAAGGAGCUGGAAAGGGUGACGCAGCAGUACCAACACGACAUGGACCAGCUGAGGCGAAACAUGGAGAAUGUGUCUCAGGACCAAGCCAGUCUGGAGACGGAGAGGCAGAAAAUCAACUCGAUAGUGAGGAGCCUCCAGAAGGAGCUGGAGGAGAGCAAUGAGGAGACUAGCCACUGGAGGGAGAUGUUCCAGAAGAACAAAGAGGAGCUGCGUAGCACCAAGCAGGAGCUCAUGCAGGUGAAACUGGAGCGGGAGGAGUUUGAGGAGGAGCUGCGAGAGCUGCGGGAACGCUUCUCGGCCAUGCGGGUGGAAGUGGACCAGGUCCGGAACAGCACCAUGGAUGCUGGCCAAGCAGAAGCCCUGAAGAAGGAGCUGCAUCAGGCCCAGGGGGAGCUGAGGGAGCUGGCUUCGGAGAAGCAGGCCCAGGCUGAGCUGGUCCACCAAAGGGAGCGGGAACUGGCUGCCCUGAAGGGGGCGCUCCAGGAAGAAGUGGCCAGCCACGAUGCGGAGGUGGAGCAGCUGAAGCAGCAGUUCCAGAAGAACCUGCAGCAGCUCAAGAAGGACUACGACGAAGCUGCCAAGGUGAAAGUGGUCAUGGAGAGCGAGAAGGAGGCCACGGAGCAGAUGAAGAAGGCCGUGGAGUCCACGCUGCGGGAGACGCAGGAGGAGAACGACGACUUGAGGAGGAAGAUCCUGGGCCUGGAGAUGCAGGUCAAGGAGUACAGGCACUUCUCCGAGAACUGGGAGGGCUCCGAGGCCAGGCUCCGGGAGAAGAUCGUCAAGCUGGAGGCUGAUCGCAGACACAUGGAGGAGUCCUUGGAAGAGACUGCGGAGCAGGAGCAGGAGCUGCGGAUGGCCAAGAGGUCUCUGGAGAGCCGCCUGGAAGAGGCCCAGAGGAGCCUCAGCAGGCUGUCGCAGGAGUACCAGGAGCUGACCGCCUCUCACCAGGAGGAGAUAAAGCAGAAGGAGCAGCUGAGGAGGGCGAAGAAUGAGCUGGAGGAGCAGAAGCGGCUGCUGGAUAAGUCCACAGAGAAGCUGACGAGAGAGCUGGACCAGAUGUCCCAGGCGUCCCACAGCUCGCUGGCCACGCUGCAGUCACAGCUGGAGGAGUACAAGGAGAGAUCCCGCAAGGAGAUCACUGAUUCCCAGAAGCAGGCUAAGGACCGCACCGCGGAGCUGGAGAAGAUGCAGUUUGCCAUGGGCCGGCUGCAGGACGAGAUCACACGCCUGAAGCAAGCCCUGCAGGACAGUCAGGCCGAGCGGGAGGGCGCCGUGCUGGAUAAGGAAGUGCUGGCCCAGCGCCUGCAGAACCUGGAGCAGGAGAUGGAGUCCAAGAAACGCUCCCAGGACGAUCGCUCUCGUCAGGUCAAAGCGCUGGAGGACAAAUCCAAGCGUCUCGAGGUAGAGCUGGACGAGGAGAGGAACACGGUGGAGCUGUUGACUGAUCGGGUUAACCGUAGCAGAGACCAGAUUGACCAGCUGCGCGCAGAGCUGCUACAGGAGCGCUCCAGCCGGCAGGACUUGGAGUGUGACAAGGUCUCCCUGGAGAGGCAGAACAAAGACCUGAAAAGCCGACUGGCCAGCUCAGAAGGCCUGCAGAAACCCAGCGCCAAUUUGUCUCAGCUGGAGUCCCGGAUCCAGGAGCUGCAGGAUAAGCUGCAGGCAGAAGAAAGGGAGAAGAACAUCCUGGUGUCCUCGAACCGCAAACUGGAAAGGAAAGUGAAGGAGCUGACGAUCCAGAUCGACGACGAAAGGCAACAUGUGAAUGACCAGAAGGACCAGCUGAGCCUCCGCGUCAAGGCGCUUAAGCGCCAGAUGGACGAGGCUGAGGAGGAGAUCGAGCGCCUGGAGGGCGCCAGGAAGAAAGCACAGCGGGAGCUGGAGGAGCAGCACGAACUCAAUGAGCAGCUGCAGAAUCGCGUCAAGACCCUGGAGAAGGAGGCCUGGCGCAAGGCCGCUCGCUCGGCAGCCGAGACCUCCCUGAACGACGACCACUUGAGCUCGGACGAGGAGUUCGACAGCGCAUACGGCCCAUCCUCCAUCGCCUCACUGCUGACAGAGGGGAACCUGCAGACCAGCUCAUGUUAGCAGCUGCCUGCAUGGGACGCUAACUAGCUCCUAGAGUGUGGCCUCUUUCCCAUGGCCUGAACGGUUCGGGUUCUUUGAGAGGCCGGGGCAGGGUCUCGUUUCACCAGGGAGCACCCCCUACCUGCUGACAUUCCAGUCACUUUAGGAGGAAAAACAAUGUCCUAGCGGCCAGCAAUCCUCGGAUAGGAGUCUGCUGGCGCACACAUCCAUUCCAAAAAGCAGUUAUUACAGCUUAACUGGAGAGGAGCCAGCAGCGGAAGAACUAAAGCAAUGUGAAGGAAGAAUUUUCUGCUGCCAUUGGCUGGGAGGGUGGGUGGAUGGAAUUUGGUGUUAUGCUCCACAGAAAAUUCAAUUUAAUCUGUUUUUCUCUCGGUGCUUCUCAGGGUGUUGCUUCAAUUCCAGAUCUUUCCUAGCUUCAAUUCCAGAUCUUUCCUAUCUUAACCAAAUGUUUGGGUGUAGAGGAGGGGGCGUGUGUGGAAACAGAUGUGCAAUACGGCAGAAUGAUGCUCUGUGAAUCGUAAAUGAGAGGGGAACCUAUCUUUUCAGCCUCAGCUGGUGCUGGCUUUUCUCCACCAGAAAGGGAAGUGUGGUAGGUUACAGUCAGCAACCAGAAUCUGAGGAGACCGCGUCAGUGUGUGGGGAAGCUGUGCUCUGCACUGAGUCUCUUUAAUGUCUAUAGAAACCUACUUGGAGUCUUGGUAUAAAAUCUGUCAGCUGCUUUUUUUUCAGGACUCUUUUGUUUUUUACAGCUGCCACUUUUUCACCACUGAGGGAAAAAAAUCCCAGCCAGCCCUCCAGUCUGGGCAGCCUACAUGCUGCUCUUCUCCGAAUUCAUUGUCAGCAUGUUGCGUGGAUCUCUGACUUUGGCAAGUCUGAGGCUCCCAUUCCCCAUGCUCCAUCCUACUGGCCUAGUGCACUUGGGUAAGGGACUCUCAUGCCCCUUUGGCCCUUUCUAUUGGCCCUGCUCUGGGGGAGGAGGCCAAGCUGCACAUAGGCUUGGGAUGGAGGACAGAAAAGGUCUGAGAUCACCCAGGUUGUCCAUAACCUCAAGGGUUCCUGACCUGUGCGAGUGGAACCGGUGGAAUUCCAUCCGGUCCCCAGCUGUCAGACAUUGCACAAAUCCCCACCGCAACUGGCCCAUGGAGGGAAAAAGUAACAGGUUUUGGAAUAACUGAGCCUUUAUCUGACACGUGGUUGCUUUGUUGCUGAGACUAGUGAGAUGAGAGUGGGCCUCCAGCUUGGUCUGAGUGGAGCAACCAAUCAUGAAAUGACGCCUGAGCCGCAGGGUCCAUCUGGGGCUGGGCUGCCCUGCUGUCCUAUGUAAAGGGACAUCUAGCCUCCAGGGCUGUCUGCAAUACAGAGUUAACAACAAACACCUGGGAUCUGCCUGCUGAGAGGGCCCCAUCCUGUCUUGUACCUCUCUAGCAAUUUCUGUUUUUUUAGCAAUAAACCAACUUGGGCACCCAAACCUCUGCAUUUGGGAGCACGCCUGCUGAGGAAGAAGCGGAUGUUAAUGGAAAAGCAGGAGCUGUGCCGGCUUUGAUGGAACUAGCAGCCAAAUUCGCCCACCUCCGCUACUCCUGUUUCACGCACUGAGUUGCAGUCGGGAUCAGCCGGGUUUGCCCUGGGCUGACUGUAAAGCCCAGGCUGUUCAGAGGGAAAAGAACAAAACUAGGCUAGCCUGGACAGCAGAUUGUUCAACGGGAGCCCUGUGUGUCCUUGAAGCAGGAAUUUGCUUGGAGCCUCGUUUGCAGCAGAAUUUGCACCUGUUUGUAAAGUGCUGAUUUAUAGAUUGGGACACUGUGGGUGGGGAGGGAAGGGGGAGAGGAAAUCUGCUACGGGGCUUCAGACCAACCUGUAGGUCAGGCCUUGACCGUUGUGCCUUAAUGCGCCAUGAUAAUCUGCCCAGUGGGAGAACUUAGUCCAGUGAAUUUCUGAUUGAAAGAGGACUGGGGGCAGAACAUUGAAACAUGCCUCUGUUUUAAAAUAACCUACCUGAUGUAACAUGUCCCUCUCCCUCCCCCCGCCUGAGGCAACAAGACACAGGAGCAGAAACACGGGAGGUGAUAAAUGCAGCCUGAUGCUUGGUCUCAGCUCAUGGGCUGACACAAAUCCCCACAGCCGAAAUACAGCCAUUGCCAGGCCUUGCACGAUUUCUGCUUCCAUGUCCUUCUGCUCCCACCAGGGCCUUGGCUAGAGCCAGCUUUGCUUGGUGUGCUGUACGAGAGCAGGUCUCCAUAGCCAUGCAGAUGAGGCUAAUACACAAGUCAUUCUUUGGGUUUUGUUCUCGCGCAUGUUUUGAAUGUCUGCAGCUAUGGGGAAGGCAGUCAGCAAAACACCACGGGAUCAGCAAGUCCUCUGAGGUCUUCGCUGCUCCAUGGCAGCGUGUUGGUCGCACAGUAGAGAGAGAGCCAGUGGGAGAGACUUUUGUAAACCGUUUGAAGUAGCUGCCCUUAAUUGGGAACUCCCCAAGCUGCUUGAGCUAGUUAUUGGAACAUGUUUGGCUCUGGCAUUUCCAGGCCAACCUCCUGGCCUCCGCCACUGGUCCUUCCACCCCCCUCCCCAAAAAAAGACGAUAAAUUCUGCAGGCUGCAUCUUGGGUCAUCGAUGAGCCAGCUGUCACCGGUGCCUGGGGAAAGUCUGGCUCUGGGACACCUUGCCAGUCUCUUGCUCCAUCCCAUCCAGCUUUGCCUCUGCAGUGUGAGGCUGUGGGGAGGAAUCUGCUCAGGAAGCCACGUUGCAAGGCUGCCACCACUAAGCACAGUGACUUCAGAAUUGAAGGCCAGAUCGUCGGCUGGUGUGAAGGGGAGCAGUUCUGUAAACCUGAUGCAACAGGAAUUUGAGAGUGCAAAGGCUUUGCUGGUGCAGAGGGCUCCACUAAUCAGGCUGCCAACUGCACCUUCCGAGGGCUGUCCUGUUACUCCCACCCUAUCUCAAAGGUGCUCUGCUUCUCCUCCAAACCCAUCUGCUUCAGGGGAGCUGCACAGAGGGAACUAGCCAGGAGCAUCAAUCAAGAGCUCACCAGCCUCUGGGAAGUCCCUGUCAGGUGUCUUGUCAGGGCUCUUUCAAUGGGUGCAGAGACCAUGGUACAGGCAAGCUGCUCAGUGAAAUGGGAGGUUGUAGGGGUGGAAUGAUGGGUUGGGAAUUUAAGGUUCCCUUUCCCCCUGUCUCCCAGCCAUCAAAGUAAGGAAGUGUGGGACUCCCUGGCAACGGGCUAUGCAGCUCAUGGAGCAAGAAGAGGCUCUUUUCAGUGGGGAGAGGGUGUUUUUUUGAAGUCUAACAUGGCUCCUGCUGGGAGCCAGGCCAGCUCAAAGCAGCUUAGGGACCCCUGGAUGUUCACUACCGAUCCCAAGCUGCACGCAUGGCUGGUUGGCGUGGGUGUGUCUGGGGCUCCAUGCUGGAAUUUCUCCUCUCCCUCUGCUGUAAACGCAGAGCAACCAGCCAGAUGUCCGUGUCGCUUCUCCCAGGGCUGCACUAGGGUAACGGGUCAGAAUAUGGCCCGUUGCUGUGCAGCAGCAAGAGCCAAAGAGCUGCAAAAUGACACGGUCUGAUGGGCACUCUGCAAUGUAAACCCGAUGGGCACCCUGCAGUGUAAACUCUGCAGCAGCGGUGGCCCCGUUUCCCCAUUGGAGCAGGCUGGUGAGGACUGAGCAAGGCUGGGCCUUUCCUUCUGGCUCCCUAGCCCACCAAACCCAGAGGUUAUUACACUGCCAGGCUGUAGGAACUUCCCUGUGGGCCCUGGGCUUUGUCCCCUGGCAGCAGCUGUGGAGGUGCUGGCCGCCAACUGGUCUCCCAAGAAACACAGGGAUCAGCCUGGCUUAGAGGAGCUCUUAACAGGCCAUUCUGCAGCAGGGCAGGGAGAUCCUGGCUGAGCUCGCCUGUGGGGCUCUUGUUUUUUAUACAAUAAAACCCAAUGUAAUAGGAAUUUGAGACAAGGGAAGGGAAUGGGUUCAAGUCCAACACAAAUAGCAAUCACUGCAGGGUAGCUUCCGUGCCCCUGUGGGUGCUGAUGGCUUGUAUCACUGCAUCUGAAAGAAGAUCUGAUUCAUUAUGUAACUUUUGUUGUUUUCUUCUUACAUAGGCCCUUGAACUUGUAUUUUUAAAAUUAAAGGUUUAUACACAAUGAA